GCGAGGGAGGCCGCGGCGGGGAAAAUGGCGGACGGGAAGGCGGGAGAGGAGAAGCCUGAAAAGCCGCAGCGAACUGGAGCCCCCGGAGUUAAUUCAUGGGAACCUCUUCUACUGCCACACAAUCUCAGUUCCUGCUAUAUACUCUAACAGUGGAAGAGACUGUUGGGUCAGUAGGUGACAACUGCAGAGGUAUCUUCCUUAUAACGAUGCUUUUUGAGGUUGCUGCUCCCAUCAAUCUGCUCAGUAAAAAUAGCUCAUCUUGUAAUGGAGGGGAAAGUUCCAGUCGCAGCGCUGAGAAGCGAUCAGCUGAAGAAGAAGCUGCAGACCUCCCAACAAAACCUACAAAGAUCUCCAAGUUUGGAUUUGCCAUAGGUAGUCAGACGACAAAGAAAGCAUCAGCCAUAUCUAUCAAACUUGGAUCAACUAAGCCCAAGGAAACUGUUCCAACUCUUGCUCCAAAAACCCUUUCAGUAGCAGCAGCUUUUAAUGAAGAUGAAGAUAGUGAGCCAGAGGAAAUGCCUCCAGAAGCAAAGAUGAGGAUGAAGAAUAUUGGAAGGGAUACACCAACAUCAGCUGGACCAAACUCCUUCAAUAAAGGAAAGCAUGGGUUUUCUGAUAACCAGAAGCUAUGGGAACGAAAUAUAAAAUCUCAUCUGGGAAAUGUCCAUGACCAAGACAAUUAAAUGAUGUGUUUUGAAAUUGGGGCAUGGGGUGGGUGUAAAGUUAAAAGGAACAGUUUCCUUUUUUAAAGAAUGGUAUAAGACUAUCUUUGGAGCCACCUUUUUUUCUUUUUUUUCUUUUCUUUUUUUUUUUAAGAUUGAGUGGUACACUAAUAAAUGAGAGUUUGAAAUUAGAGGUAAUUUAUGUUUUAUAUACAGAUUUCAAGACAUUUGCUAAUUUUGUAGUUUCAUGUGAUUAAUUUCCAAAGGCUACAGAUAAUAAAGAAAUCAGAAAUGGUACCUUUUUAAGAAUUACAUAUUUUUUUAGAACCAACUAUUAGCACAUUAAGAGGGAAGUAAAAGUUAUUGUCUAUUUAAAACUGCAAAUAGUUACUCUCCUAACUUAACUCCCUCAUUACCUAAACUGUCUGGCUCCUAGGUACAGCCUUAUAGAGAGAGGGAGUAGUACUGAGAGGAAAAUGUUACUGGACUAUUGACAGAAAGUAAAUUUAGAUAAAAUUAAAACACCAUUUUUUCUUUAUGGGCAUUUUGUUUCAAGUCAUCGUAUCUAGGUAUUGCAUUGCUAUCAGUGGAUACAGUUGCUUACAUCUUUAAAUUAAAAAAAAAAUAUGUGAAGUAUUGAGCAUUUGCUUUAGCCCACUUUAAUGUAUCUUGUCUACAUCAGUCUUCAAACAACCAUAUGCUACCAAAGUAAAUCAGUAUUUUGAAUGUGUUUCUGUUUAGCUUUUGUUCCUAGUUCCUGUAAGCAUUUCCAACAAAACUUGAGCUUGAGGCAAAUCAUAAGGAAGCUGUUUCUUUUAAAAUACAGACCACCACCAAAAACUGAAAUGUACAUACUGCUCAAAUGUUUGGCUGGUUUUUAUUUUCUAAAAGAUUUAAAUACCAAAAAUAAGUUUAAGCACUGUAUGAGGAUAGAAAACAAGAAGACAAACUCUCUGUAACUUUGUCUAAGCCUUUAAGUGACUAACUAGUUACAUUCAAUCUGAAUUGAACUCAAUACAGGAUUUCUUAUUUGCAUAAUUACAUGGUUUCAGUGUAUUUAUACUGACCCGUGGCCUCAAAAGCACAUUUUAUUUAGUGAAAAUAGAAAGUGCAUCUGCGAACACAUUUUAUGAUCUCUCACCACAUAUACUCUGUUAGAAUUGUGUACUGUAGGGUUGUUUGUUUUGUAUUUUUGUAUUGUAUAUGGGAUUUUUUUUAAGGUGACCGUUAAACAUCUUUAAAUGCAUAGUCACAAACAAAAGAAACAUGGUCUAACGAUUUCCUAAAAACUGCAAUGUUAAAUUUGGAGGCAGCUUCAGAAGAUACGUCGGUGGUGAUUACUUACUGGGCUUUUUUAGUAGGAAGUAACUCCCGAGAAGCAGCCUGUGGAUAUGCCCAACCCUCUCACAUUUAAGUUUAGAAUAAGCCCCAAGUCAAACAGUGGAAAUGUAUAUAGCACUAUUGGUUCUUCCAUGAUUUAAUUAUAUCAAGAUAAAUAAAUUUUACUUACUUUUGUGUAGGCAGACUAUCCAUUUUUGUCCAUUUUACUGUUUGUUAAAAUAACAUCCCUCUCCUGCGUAUUCUUUGCUUGACCCCAAAUGAAAUAUUAACCUAAGGUCAAGAUGAGGAGAGAGAAAUGACUGAAAUGAAUGUCUUUACUAAAAUACCAAUAAAUUUUGUCAAACUCAA